AUGCCAAGGAGGAACGAGUUGAUUUGUGGUUGCCAAGCCAAGGAGGGUACAGAGGAAAAACAAGAUGAAAUGGAAAAGGUCAACAACCUCAUUGUGCAAAGUGAGGAAAGCUGCGGGGUGGGGGGAGGGUGGCGGGAGCGGGCACAGAGGCAGAUCCCAGAACCCCAGGCUCCCACCUGGCUCCUGACCCCAAGAGAUAACUCCUCCAAGGGACUCAGGAGAGGGACAGCACCCCCUGAACUCAGAUACCCCAAAGUCCCUUCCAUCUCCUUUAAGGAGAGAAGCAGAGUAAGGAACUGGGGAGGGAGUGAGUGUGCAGAAUUGAAAGCCAAACAGGGGAAGGGCGGGGAGGAUGGGAAGGUAUCCUUUCUCUCUUUCCUGUCUCCAUUUCUAAAGAAAAGUUGUUGGUUAAAAUGA